AUGGCAGAUGUGAAUGAAUAUUUCUCUAUUGACUUGUCUAAUGAUGGAGGUAUGAGUGAGGAUGAUGAUUCUGAGGCUGUGGCUGAUGAUGGAAAUAAUGAGAAUUCUAAUCCAGAUCGUUGCAAAUUAAUCCCUGACUUGACAGCUGAUGAGAUAAGGGAGCUGGUGUUUUGUUCUGAGAAGGAUGCUGUUGAAUUUUACCAACACUAUGCCCAUUUCAAAGGUUUUGGUGCAAGGAAAGAUGAUGUUCGUCGUGAUCGAAAGGGUAAUAUUAUUAGUCAUCAACUGGUGUGUAAUAGGGAAGACUCAAGCAAGUGGAAGGUUGUGCUAUUUGAACCAGAACACAAUCAUGGGUUGACACCUGCAUCCCACGUUCAUUUAAUGCCCUCAUUCAGGGGAUUGACUGAUGGUGACAAGGCUCAAGUAGAUAGUCUAAAGUUGUAUGGGGUGAGAAGUUGCAACAUAAUGAGGCUUUUGAUGGGUCAGAAAGGUGGGCAUGAAUCGGUGGGUUUUCUGAAAAAGGACUUAUAUAAUCAUGUUGAUAAGAAGAAAAGGAUAAGUUUAGGUGCUGGAGAUGCAGCUAGUGCAUUGAGUUAUUUGCAGCGUAAGGGGGAGAAGGAUCCCAUGUUUUUUUUUCAAAUUCACAAGAUCAGCACCUACAAGAAGAACAAGUACAACAAACCGGUUGUUAUCUUUUCUGGUUACAAUCAUCACAAGGAGACUACAAUUUUUGCAUGUGCCUUGGUUUGUGAUGAGACCAUUGAGACUUACAAAUGGGUCCUGAAAGCCUUGGAUGAAGCUAUGUUUGGAAAGCAACCCAAAGUUGUUGUGACUGAUGGAGACAAAUCUAUGCAUAGGCAUGGCAUCGGGUAG